GUCGGUUACGUUUAACGUCGAACAUCCAGUGCGAGAGGAGGCGUAGUCGGACGAGAAGUGCUCCAGAGCUCAUCUGAGAAUGGGGAGUGGACUAAUCACCGAGCUCCUCUUUCGAAGCUUAUGCUUCUCUCUCCAGUUCCUCCUCUAUGAAAAAGCCGCAGAGGUGACCAACGAUAACAGCGAUGGCAUACUACUUUACGGGACCAAGGUUGCUUCCCAUAACGUAUCCAGAAGUCAACUGCAAACACUCGAAGACCUACCCAUUCCGGUCGAAUUGCUGCCGUACUUAGAGCAAGGAAAGAGAAACUAUGAAUCCUUCAAACAGAUUCUACAAAAUACUACCUGGGAACCCAUGACUUCGCUAUCUGAUGACAUCAUCAAAGUCGCAAGUGCUCACAACAGAGAAAGUGGCCUCACCAUGAUAUACUUGGAGUUCCUCCUCUAUGAAAAAGCCGCAGAGGUGACCAACGAUAACAGCGAUGGCAUACUACUUUACGGGACCAAGGUUGCUUCCCAUAACGUAUCCAGAAGUCAACUGCAAACACUCGAAGACCUACCCAUUCCGGUCGAAUUGCUGCCGUACUUAGAGCAAGGAAAGAGAAACUAUGAAUCCUUCAAACAGAUUCUACAAAAUACUACCUGGGAACCCAUGACUUCGCUAUCUGAUGACAUCAUCAAAGUCGCAAGUGCUCACAACAGAGAAAGUGGCCUCACCAUGAUAUACUUGGAGACCGUGGUGAACGUCUCAGUUGACGUGCUCUUCAGACACGUCUGGGAUCAUAUGCAAGAUUACCCAAAAUGGAAUCACAAUUUGCAACGUAUGGAAGUCGUACUUGAUAUCACGCCAAGAUGCCGCCUCGUUUACAAGGUGAUACACCCGGCCGGGAACGGCAUCAUCUGGAGCAGGGACAUCGUCGCCAUCAUGUAUUGGGACAAGGAAAGGGAUGGAAUUUACGUCGCCCUCGCCAGCACCUCCUGGCCGGCAUUGCCUCCGUCUAGUCAAUAUGUCAGGGCAACCUUUUACCCACAGGGAUACGUUUAUACUCCAAUGCCUGGCGAUCCCGAGCAGACCUUAAUCCGGUGGGUCAACCACGCGGACGCCCAUCUGGCGUUCAUCCCCGCGUCGGUCGUCAGCCUUCUCAUAGCGAAGACCGCGUCCCUGUGGAAGUACAUGAAUGAGUGUAGGUGGCGAAGGACGUCGGGGAAACACAACCCAGGGAAAAUAAUCCAGAGGGGACAUAUGAAGGAGAAGAUCUUUGAAGAGAUACUUGCAACGAUUGACUUGGAACUUGACCUAAAGGAUGCAGUGACAAGCGUCACUUCAGGUGUUACACGUGAAACUCUUCAGGCGAAGGCCUACUACUUCACGGGUCCAAAGGUGCAUCCCCUAACUUAUCCAGAAGUCAACGGCGGCUCGAAGACGGACACGUUCCCGUACGCAUCUGUCGAAUUGCAGCCAUACGUGGAGCAGGGAAAGAGAACCUACGAAUCUUUCAAGCAGAUCCUACAAAAUACUGCUUGGGAGCCCAUGACAUUGCUAUCCGAUGACGUCGUGAAAAUCGCAAGUGCUUACAACGGAGAAAGUGGUCUCACCAUGUUUUACUUGGAGACGGUGGUGAACGUCUCAGCUGACGUGCUAUUCAGGGAUGACUGGGAUCACGUGGCAGAUUACCCAAAAUGGAAUCCCAACUUUCUUCGCACUGAAGUCGUACUCGAUAUCACGCCAAGAUGCCGCUUGGCUUACAAAGUUUCAUCCCCUCUGGGGAACGGCCUGAUCUGGAGCAGGGACGCUGUUACCACCGUGUAUGCCGACACGGUAGGCGAUGCAACCUACCUCGCCUUCUCCAGCACCUCCUGGCCCGCAAUACCUCCGUCCAGUCAAUAUGUCAGGGCGACGUUCUACCCUCAAGGAUUCGUUUAUUCUCCGCUGCCCAGCGAUCCCAAGAAGACGCUCCUCAGGUGGGUCAAUCACAUAGACCUCCACAUGGCGUUCGUCCCCGCGUCAGUCAUCAAUCUCGUCUUAGCGAAGGCCUGCAGGAACACCCUCAUCUACUACCAGGAACACGCAGAAACCUUGAGGAAAAAAUUGAAACAAUUGAAGGGAAUGUGA